AUGGCAGGCCGUGAAUCGGGGCGUAUCCGGGAGGCGGACAAGAAGCGAACAUUGGACGAUGCCGCACGGAAGCGGCGUGCACGGAAGGCACUAGAAGCACUCGAACAGGACAACUACCAUGAGGAUCCGCACGCCGAUCUGGUGAUGUCAAAGAAGGUGCCAAAAUUCUACGACAAUCUCGAUGGCAGCGCUCCGAGCAAGAAGAAAAAUCGACGUACUAAGGGUGCCGAGUAUUACAGAGCAAAGUACCGGAAGACGUUCCCGCAGCUGCUCGAGGAGGACAAGCUACAGCGACCCGAUCCACCAAACUAUUUUACUGCUGCGGCACCUCCCUCCCGACUGCCGGAACGACACUUUUGUGCGGUUUGUGGAUUUCCUUCUAGCUACACGUGUACCGCCUGCGGCACCCGCUACUGCUGUGUCCGGUGUUUAGGAACUCAUCAGGAUACUCGUUGUCUCAAGUGGACGGCUUAGAAGAGCUGAGAAUGUAUUACGUUAUUUAAUAAACUCUAUCCGUUUCACUCAAGUACGUGCGUAUUGCACUCCGGGAUUUCGGAUUUCGGAUGUUCAAUUGCAAUCAAUAGUGCGCGAUGCCAGUUCAAUGACGUUACCUUUUAUUGCGUCCUAAAUAUGACAUAAAAAUUAUUGAAUUGUCUAUAUAUAUAUCAUAUUAUUUUUCCAUCAAAACUGUCUCGAAACGCACCGUCUUAGCGCUCCCGUACGAGCUUAGGUCUCCUUUCUUUUCCCGAUCUGCGCGCUCGUAAAUACUGAGGAAAUAUAUGUAUGUUUGUUUGAAAUCAUUUGAAAACUAACCACAUAUCUCCUCCGCCAUGCAGAACAGUCAACAUCACGUAGUACUUUCUUAUAGGCUAACAGCUUCCAUCGAAUCCGCCCGCAUUCGACGAUACUCCAUCCUUUAAUUGGUCUAACUAAGCGACGAUAAACAUUAGUUGGGUGUCCCCGCGCGACGGGGGUAGUGACCUACAAUGUAUUUCAACGUCCACGAUUUCCCCUCGGAAUCACUCAUUCUCUAUACCACAACGAACAAGCAAAUGAUGGAUUAAAUAAUUUGUCUAAACGAUGCGAUUCUCGCUAUACAAUUGCGGCACUCGAUUAUGCGGCUACGCGCACCCACUUCCAUUGGGGCCACAAUUAAGGCUCCCAAACCACCACACUACCAGAAGCGGGGAGUGAAAUGAAGUGAUACAAAACAACUAGCCAUCCAUCCAAUUGGGCAGUAAAUUGUAGCCUCAUUAUUACGGCAUACCCGUCCUCACCAUCCGCUUUGUUCCACUUCCUGUGUUCAUUUUUUUCCCAACUGCUUUUAUUCUAAAUUUUUAUCUACUUUUUAUGCUGCAUCCCUUUUUUGUGUCCUGUGUACGUGUGUGUGUGUGAUUGGUCGGUUGGUUUGGCCACGAGGCGUAUCAUCGUCGCGGUCGAUUAAGCUAAUGAAAUUGAGCCGAAACAAUCGAGAACCAAAGCGAGGCGACAUAAGGUAGUCUUUAUCCCCACCACCGGCUCACGAGGGUAAUUUAUCGAGUGUUGCACCCGGGCACAGUCCGUGCCAAAGCUAGAGGAAAUAAACGCCAAUACCUAGGGCUGAUUAUCCGUCGGUAAGCCUACCGAUAAGCUUGUAAAAACGCACCCAUACGGAACGUGCGGGUCAGGAGGAAAAAGAAACCAUGAAAACCGAUCCCCAGACCACCGCCAGGAU